CAAGCUAUUAUCUCGCCCAACUCGAAGCCACACCUCGAAAUUCACCACAACGAAUGCGCCAGACUUCACAAGAAAGUUAUUUCACAUACACGCCACAUAUGGUCCAGCUGGUCCAUCAAGCAUCAUGGCAUCCUCGCAACCAGUAAAGCCACCGCUGGCAACCCAAGCAUCACAAGCACAGCGAGGCUCACAGCCAGGGCUACGAUACCCCUCGAACGGCAAGACCAUAUACCACAGGCCCUUAAACCGAAGCCGGACGCAGGAGCUCAGCCAAUCUAGCUUUGCGUACCUUUUUGGGGAGAUGGUCAGCUAUGCGCAGAAGCGCGUCACUGGUAUUCAAGAUUUAGAGAAAAGAUUAAAUGUCCAAGGCCACCCAAUAGGUCUCAAACUCCUCGACCUCCUCCUCUACCGCGAACCACCACGAACUCAAACCCGGCCCCUCCACAUCAUCGCCCUUCUCCAAUUCAUAACCACGAUCCUCUGGCGACACCUCUUCUCUCGGCCCGCCGACGCACUAGAGAAGUCCUCGAACCCAGACACGCCUGAAGAAUACAUGAUCUCGGACAACGAACCGCUGGUCAAUCAGUAUAUCAGUGUGCCGAAGGAGAUGAAUCAGUUGAAUUGUGCGGCGUUCGUGGCGGGGAUUGUGGAGGGUGUUUGUGAUGGUGCUGGGUUUCCGGCGAGGGUUACGGCGCAUAGUGUGGGGAAGGGGGAGGAGGGGGAGUUGUGGCCUGGGAAGACGGUGUUUUUAGUUAAGUUUGAGCCGGAGGUUGUGGAGAGGGAGGCGUAUUUGGGGAGGAGUUGAGACGAGAUAUAAGAAUAGAGAGGGAUAUCAAAGAUCAUUGGGCGGCGUAAUUGGGCAUUGGUGGAGUUGGGGAGCUUGGGAAUGGGAAAGCUGGUAUUUAGAGGAAAUGGACAUAUCAUCAUGGCAGAUUGCUCUGCUGAAAUGCUUAUUGAAUUCAUUCAUAACGCAUCGCUGCUUGUAAUCCAUCACCAACUUUGACUAACAAUCUUGUUGUUCCCGAUCCGUAACGAUAUGCAAUCCUCGAACCCGAGUCAUCAAUCGUAUAAUAUCCAUACAACGCCUGCAAGAAGACCUUUCGUAGAACUCCAAACAUCCAUAUCCCGUCCAGAACUCCGACCUGAGUAUAUCCAUCACACAGAGGCACUCAUCUAGGUAGACUCUUGCUCCCAAUAGCAAACGUCUUCGACUUCUCCCUCUCCGGCCCC